AAAGAAAGAGAGAGAGAGAGACUCAGACAGAGGCAGAUGGGGAGAGCGCUGGCGUUGUAGGGAGAGAGCAGUGGAGGUGAGGAGGGUCGGGCUGAACACGGACCCCGCUGGAAACUUCACAUCCACAGAAAUACGCCGCUACAGAGCGUCGCGCUCUUAUAUGGAGGAGAGACUCGCCGGAUGACCCUCUCGCUGGCUCUCUCGACGGUGUGAACGUGGGCCGCCAUGUCCCAGAUGCUCCACAUGGAGAUCCCUAACUUCGGCAGCAUGGUGCUGGGCUCCCUGAACGAGCAGCGGCUGCAGGGCCAGUACUGUGAUGUCUCCAUCCUGGUGAAGGGCCAGGCGUUCAAAGCCCACCGUGCCGUGUUGGCCGCCAGCAGCCUGUAUUUCCGCGACCUGUUCAGCGGCAGCAGCAAAGCGCAGUUCGAGCUGCCAUCCUCUGUUACACCGGCCUGUUUCCAGCAGAUCCUCAGCUUCUGCUACACGGGGAAGCUGACCAUGGCCGCCAGCGAGCAGCUGGUCGUGAUGUACACGGCCGGGUACCUGCAGAUCCAGCACAUCGUGGAGCGUGGCAUGGACCUCAUGUUCAAAGCCAACUCGCCGCACUGCGACUCGGCCACAGCUGCCAUGGACGAGCCCAAUUCGGGCCCGCAGAGUCCCAGCAACCACCCGCCGGUGCCAGCCGGCUGGUCGCCCUCGCUGCCGUCGCAGGCCCGCAGGAUCAAGCUGGAGGAGCCGCUGGCCAAACGAGCUGCCGGCAAUGACGGGACACGUUCAGGACGGGGCGCGCUACUGUUCUCAGCAGGAGCGUUUCCGGCUGGGGCGCAGGCGUAUCUGGGAGAGCGUUCAAGUCCGGGAGCUUCCAGCCUCCCGACCACCGACAGCCCCACGUCUUACCAGAAUGAAGACGAGGAGUUUGAAGAGGAGCCGUUUGACGCAGACGAGACCUACAGCCAGCUAUGUGGCCGCUCGGCCAAUCCUUAUGGAGUGGCAGAGAAGCCGGAGAUGGCGGUCAUGCCGGUGUCGCUGGAGAACCGCUCCUGUGUGCUGAUCCGCAGGGAUCUGGUGGCUCUGCCUGCUAGUCUCAUCAGUCAGAUCGGCUACCGAUGCCAUCCCAAACUCUACACGGAGGGAGAUCCCGGAGAGAAACUGGAACUGGUGGCAGGCACAGGUGUGUUCAUGACCAGAGGUCAGCUGAUGAACUGUCAUCUGUGUGCUGGUGUCAAACACAAGGUGCUGCUGCGCAGGCUCCUCGCAACCUUCUUUGACAGGAACACGCUAGCAAACAGCUGUGGGACGGGGAUCCGAUCGUCAACCAGUGACCCCAGCCGAAAACCACUGGACAGUCGAGUCCUGAACGCUGUCAAACUUUACUGUCAGAACUUCGCGCCCAACUUUAAGGAAAGCGAGAUGAACGUCAUCGCUGCGGACAUGUGCACCAAUGCGCGGCGCGUGCGGAAGCGCUGGCUUCCCAAGAUCCAGUCCAUGCUGCCGGAUGGGAUGGAGGUGUACCAGGGCUCGGCGGUGGCGGCGGGCGUCAGUCUGGGCAUCGGCGGCCUCCCGGUGGGCGUUCAACUACCCUUCGAGCCGGACUUUAAGAACCUGCUUCCCUCUGGCCUGAGCCUCUACGCCGAGCGCAAGGAAGCCGUGAGAACUCACUUACCGCUGGAUGGCGACGGCCCUGAUCUCCCGCGGGACGGAGGUGAGGAGGAGACGCAGGCCGAGGAGGACGAGGAGGAAGAGACCCAGACCGACAGUGGCGAUGGGACGUUGGGGGCGGGGCCUGUCAAGCCCGAAGCUGAGGGUGGGGUCAGUGUGGCCACACCCCCUGACAGGCAGCAGCAGGAGGAGGAGUUUGUGGACGGCCUGAGAGUAAAUGGGCAGUGAGACUGGAGAAACCAGCCUUCAGUUCAUAUCCACCAUGUGAAUAAACACUGAAGGGAGGAAUCAAACACACACAGGCAUCGCUCAUGAAGAAGACACAUGUAUUCAUGUGCUUUUGUUUUUCCACAAAUGCUGGAUUUUCAGUUGGACAUGGCAGGAUGUUCAUCAUGUGCUCCAGAAAGCAGAAGUCAUGGGUCGUGUGAGGAAAUAAUGCCAGUGGCACGGCAGAUGACCUUCAUUGUGAAACAUUAUAUUACGUUUAGCAUAUUCUGUUCUUAAGAUCACUUUGCCAUAAAUAUAGCAGAGAAUCUCACAAAAACAUGACCAGAUCACAUUACACCCGAGAAUAGAGAAGAAAAAUGGGAAUGAAGCCUUUACAAGGGCUGUUAACAUUCAUAUCAGUAGCUGUGUUUACAUACAUUAAAUAUUCCAUUAAAUAAUCAGUUUAUAAUCAGAUUGAUGGCUAAAGCAAAUGAAAUUUUAAUCGGAUUGAAAGGAGUUGUGCAGAUCUGAAAUAACAUCACCAGCAGACUAAAAUUAAGUAUGUAAACCGUUCAAUAUGACUAUUUUCUUAACCAGUAAUAUCUUGCACAUGUGCAGUUUCACAUCAUACAAAUGUGGAAAAAAAAACGUUUUUAAGAUCUGGACAUUGGAUGAAACUGAAUAUUAACUAAAUGUAUGUUUAGAAAAAAAAGCUCAUCUGCCAUAAAUAUUAGUUGUCUGUAGUUAAUGACUGUAUGAUUUCGAGAUCCAUCUUUUCACACUGAGGACUAUUACAGAAGGUUCAAACACUCACUGAUGCUUCAGAAGGAAACACAACGCAUUAACAGCUGGGGGGUGAAAACUUUUGGAAUAUGAAGAUCAGGGUAAAUUUACCUUAUUUUGUUUUCUGGCAAACAUCUAAGUAUCUUCCGUUUCUUCUGAAGGGCAGUAAUAAAUGGAAAAAUAUGAUUUUUAGGCAAAAUAAGAAAAAAUUACAGAUCUUUAUUACAUUCAAAAGUUUACACCCCCCGGCUCUUAAUGCAUCAUUUUUCCUUCUGGAGCAUCAGUAAGCAUUUGAACACUCGGUUGUCCUUAAUGUGAAAAGAUGGAACUCAAAAUCACACAGUCAGUGUUAUUUUACCCUCUUAUUUUGGUAAAAUAAUUAACAUUUUGCAGAUUCUGCAAGGUCUAUGUAAACUUUUGACCUCAACUGUAUCUAACAGUGAAGCCCCAUUAUAUUUAUAUUAAUAUAAAAUAAUAUCAGAAUCUGUGGUCUGGGCAUGUUCUUUCGUGAGAUUGAUUUACUACCUAUACAAAUGAAGCUGAAAUGAUGCAUUUCAUGAACAUUAAGUGACAUUUCAUGUUUUUCGUGCAGCACAUCUAAAGCCUUGUUUUGAGUUCGAGUCGUAUGUGAGUGAUCGUCCCUUCAGAAGAGCGAUGCCUGUGUGUGUUUGACCUGAUCUGAACGCUGACAUACAGACAGAUCCUCACGCUCACAUGACCAGCCGACACAUGGAUGACGUCAGACAUUUCACAGAUCCUUCGAAACAAACGCACGCCGAUGCUUGCAUGCCAGAUCAGAUACAAAUUCACAGCCUUGAUUAUAAUCUGCAUCCCUGAUAAACAAAGAAAAACUGCUACUGUUUAUGUAAAGAUUGUUAGUCAGACAAGGAGGUUUUCACAGUGUGUUGCUGUCUGGAAUCGAAGUGAUGAGGUUUUUAUGUACUGUAAACUCUAAAGAAUCUAGCUGGCUUUAUUACAUUUGCACUUGAUGAGUUUAAGGAGGCGAUGGAAAGCAGCUGCGCGGUUCGACCGGAGCUGCUGAAGACUGUUUGCGAGCGGCACUAAGAGCAAUGUCUAUGUGAUUCUGUUCACUCUUCACGCAGCUUUUGUUUUACGUUUGAGUUUUUCUGUCUAGGGGACACUAACAGAACAAACCCUCCACAUGCUUCAGCAUCUUAAAAAUGACACAAAAUGAAGUUCAUGUACUCAAAAAUGAGUGUUUUGCCCAACAUGUACAGUAAUUCUGUUCUAGUAUGGGUGAAUCUCAUGAACAACAAACCCACAUAUACCCUGAAAUCAAAAGAAAUGAUCGCUGGCCGUUAGAAAUUCAAGAAGGUGUUUUAAGUUUAGUUUUCUUCAUUUGAUUUUAGGGAGAAAUAUGAAUGUUCUUUUUGAGGUUUAACCUCUUAAAUGACAUGAAAAUGUCAUAUUCUCACUGAAACUUUAAGAGUGUUGUAUAUUUACCAGACUUUUAAUACUAUAGUUGUCAGAAUCACCAGGUAUGUUGAUUUUACAGAAAUUCAUGGUCAGACAUUUAGAUCUAGUGAUUUUUAUUGCUGGUUUAUUUUUCACUGUCAGGUGUUUGUGAGUUUAAGUGCCUCGUCAGUGCUGUUGAUUGACAGCUGUCAUGUUUCUGAUCAACACUAGACGAAAAAGAGAAGUCCAGCACCGCGUCUGAGGACACUUUUCUACGAGAAUCUUAAAGAUUUGAUGUUUCUUUCUUGUGAAGAGCUCAAAAUGUCAUUUUCACCCUUUUCUCCUGUUUUAUUAGUAGUAGCUUCAGCAUAUUAUUCAACACUGAGUCAGUCAGAAAGAUGCCCAUCUCAUAUCUUAGUAAGGAACGUCUUGAGGAGGAAUAAUGGCCUUGAUUUUGUUGAGGUUGAAGAAUUUGUGCCUUAUUGUGACUACUGAUACCAUCAAAACUCUACAAUUCAGAGUGUUUGUAAUGAGACGGAAAUAAUGAUCAUUUUGGAUCGUUGGUGAAGACAAUGCGGAAAAUUAUGCAAAAAUGUUAUGCAAUUGCUGGUUGGUUUGUUGUGUUCAAAAACACCUCAGCAAACCUGAAGAUUCUGACCAGAACUGACAGAUCGCUCGCACGGUAUGAUUAAUGCUGUUCGAUUUCAUAUUUAUGUAGUCUGUGACUAUUUAGAGCGAUAGCAAUACGUUUGUAAAGGUAGAAAUAGUCAGCUGGCUGCCACUAAAAUGUGCUGGAACUAACAUGUGAUCACAAAGGCCAGUCUUACACUAGUAUUUUUACACAUCUUUUCUAUCCUUCAUUAUUUACCCAGAAGCCCCUUCCAAGUACCUUGUCUCCAGCUUUAUUUCUAAAGCGAAGUGGUUCUGAAUUCAUGUAAAAUGUUGCACUAGAUGACGUGGAUCUGGGAGAACGUAGAGCUGGUAGAGCUCAAAGCUGUUCAAAUGUAUGUAACGUGCUAAUUUAUAGAUUUCUGUGGGUAGCGUAGAAGCUCCUUCAGUAAGGCCGAGCUUUAUCCAAAUAUCAGCACUAAUGGCUAAUGUAAGUGCUUUUGCACAGCUCUGAGGUCUUGCUCGUGUGUGUGAGAAUGAGACGAGUGUCUGUGAAGGAGCAUCUGUGAUGUUCAACACUGUGCAUGGUGAGUCUGAGAGAAGCCGAUUAUGUCAAACGGAACAUAUUUAUAACUCUAGUAGCAUAUUCACAGACUGCAGUGGUCCAGAAUUUCAUCAUUUGACUCAAAUAUCACAUAACGGCCAUUGAAUGUAAUAAAAACAGCUGUUUUCAGGUGUUCACCUCAUCGAAAGAGUGCAUACGCGUAAAGAAAAUGCAAUGUCCUUCAUCUUCUUUAUGCAAAUGAUCAUUUCUUGUUUUUCUUCCUUUGAUUUUGGAGUGUAAAACACCCAGAGGAUGCUCCCUUUCGGCACAGCGUUGUAGUGUACUUGCAUAUUCCUCUGUCGGGAUGCUGUGCAGCCGAAUGAUUUACUGUUUAAUUACUCAAAUUAAUAUGCGCAUUAAUGAUCUGCAUAUAACUGCAUGCUGUUUCUCCACAGAUCGAUCCGAUGAGCAGUUCUCGUGGGACUCUCGUGUCCCAUCUGCACUACGUACGCGCGUUUCUUCUUGUAAAUAAUGGCAGCACUUUAACGUUUGUGUGAAGGUUGGUGGGAUUCAUUGGGAGCCUGUAAACCUCCAGCUCUGAGCGCCGACAAUCAGAGGAAGAAGCUGUUUGAGGAUCUCUGCUAUUGAAUGUGUUUGUCGUCUGACUCGAACAUGUGAUUGAAGUACUAACGAUAGCUGAGCUUUGCCUGUAGCGUAGCAUCGCCACGACGCGCUUUCAUGCAAGUUCCUUACAAACGUUUAUAAUGAACCAUUAAACUGCUUUUUUAUUAAAAUACGAAACAAUUAUGUCUACUGCAACAUGUCACUGUCAUUGUCACCAAUAAAAUUUCUUCCAUUCCCAGUGUA